CAGAGGUGUCCAGGGACAUGCGAGCAGCCCAGGGGGUGACAUGUGAGGUGAAGAUGGCCGCUAGCGAUGUCCUGGUGGCCCUGGCGCGCUCCCACUUCCACUUUGUCAUGGCCGAGCUCCAGAGCCACCUGAAGUCAACGGGGAAGGCCCCUGAUGAGGUUGUGCUCCUCACCUUGGGCAAAAUGGCCCACAGCUACGCCCUGCAGUGCAUCCCCUUCGCGAGGAUGACGAUGCUCGCCCUGCACGCCAUGCUGAGCCGGGUGGGGAGUGGCCAGCUCCUGUGCACCAUCUGCAGUGUUCUGGAGCAAUGGUCAAAAGGAAUCAAUAAGUACCUCUGCAACCGGGAGCGAUGCCCUUUCCCUGGCAAGGGGGUGGCACAGUUCUGCGAAGCCAUCUACCCGGUGUUCCAGUACGUGGUGUCAAACUGCCUGGAGCGCAAGGAGGAAGAGGACAAGCAGGCUGUCCUCAGGGCGGUGGCUGCUAUGAUGGGGGUCCUUCUGCGUGAGGAGCAGCACCGAGAGCUCGCCUGGGAGCAGCUGCCCUGGCUCCUGCACAAGUAUCAUCGGGUCCUGGACAAUUCCUGGCAGGUGAGGUGUUGUGCAGGGCAUGGCGUGGCUGCUGGAGUGGGUCUGUGUGAGUGCCAUGAGGCGCUGGGGAGAUGUGGGGUGCCAGGAGGAAGCCUCUGCUAUGUCCUGGAGGUGCUGGAGGGAGUUCCGACCCCAAUCCCACAGGACACAGCUCUUGCCAUCAGCACCGCUCUGCACCGACAGAUCGUGGAUGUGACCCCGGAGCCUGGCCCGGAACAUCAGGCAGUGCUGACCCGCUGCAUGGUGCUGCUGGCACGGAUGUGCCCUGAGGAGACGGCCAUGUUCCUGCACUCCCUGCUGUGCGGUGGGACGGAGGCCGAUCGCACGGCAGCACUGGGCCUGCUGGGAGCGCUGGCCCACUCUGACGCCCAGCUACUGGCUCCCCAGUUCCUGACGUCUCGGCUGCUGCUGGUGGCAGCAGCUUCUUCUGGAAACAGCAAAUGCGUCGUCGCUGCCUUGCAGCUGCUGCAGACCCUCCCCGACAGGAUCCACAGAGCCUUGGGGGCGGCGUGGGUGACCGAGAUCCCCCUCCUGCUGCAGUACCUGGAAGGAAGAAGAGAGAGCUCCCUGGACUCUGCAGAGUGGGAGCACCGUGUGCUUAAGUUCCUGCAAGCGUCGCUGGAGCCCAUCGAGGACCAGACCUGGACCGUGGGCCUGAGCCAGGCACUGAGCCAGCAGCUGGUCAGCUCUGCCUCCGGCUCCUGGGAGAAGCUUUUCCUUUACAAGGCUCUGGGGACAACGCUGGCAGCUUGUCGGGACCUCAGACAUGUCCAAGGGCAGGUGCUGAGGUUCCUCCAGGAGACAAACCCUAUGGAGCUCUCUGAGGCACAGGGAAUGGUUUCCGUUGUGUCCCACGCUGCCGAGAGCCACUUCGAUCUGGUCUUGGACACAGUGACCACGUUCUCGGCUGAUUUGAUCAGAGAUGGGUUCUGUAAGACUUCCACGGGCUGGAAGGUACAGCGGUGGCAGAAGAUGGAGAAUGCCCAGGCCAUCUGCGCUGCUCUGAUGCGCACCUACAGCGGCGUUGCGCUGCAUGCCCCCAAGGAGCAGCUGCUCAGGCGUGUGGAUAAAGAAAUCCUGGGCAACAUCCUGCAGCUCUCCAGAGCUGAGCAGAGGGACUCGCCGCUCAAGCUGGCCCUGGUGGAGAGCAUCACCGAGGUCAGCUGUGCCAUCCAGGCUGUGGGCAAAUGUGAAAGCUUUGAGCUUUCCUUAAAGCAGGAGGCAAUGCAGACCCUUCUGGACUGGAUAAAGGGGGAGCCCAGGGACUCCGUGGAUUUUGGAGUGUUUCACGUCCUGGAGGAGUUGAGCAAGCUGAGGCCACCUCUGAGCAGGGAAGAAAAUUGCAACCUGCUGUCAGUGUGCUGCCAGAGUGCCUUGUCCUAUCCCUGCGAGGAGCAGAAGGAAAAGGGAAGGGAGGGAGCGAGGGCAGCUGAGAACGUGCAGAUGCUGCACAGGAGGAACAUGGAAGAUCUGGGCCACCUCAUAGAAACUCUUCUGGAGACGGAGGCGACCUCUGUCUGCCUUGAUGACGUGGUCCUUGUCCUGAAGGGCUGGCUCACCUCAGCCAAAGAAUGGGAGCGGGAGAGAGCCCUGUGGGUCUGCGGCCAUGUGCUGGGCACCUGCAAGGAGCGAUGUGAGCUGCAGAUCUCUCCGGACUGCAGGAUGCCAGGGACCUUCGAGGGGGGCUGGCACUAGAGUGCCUCCAGGAUACCUGCCCCCAGCCAGCACCAAUGAGUUCAUUAAAGCUCGUUACA